AUGGAGGGAGGUAAACGGUCAUUUGAGGUUGAUUUCACGAGUGAAGGAGUUUCGAAGCUUCGGGAUGCUAUCAGAGUGAAGCUCAAGGAGUUCAUGGGCGAUUACACGGACGAUACUCUCGUGGAAUAUGUGAUAGUCUUGCUAAAAAAUGGUAGAUCUAAGGAUGAAGCGAAGAACGAGUUGAAUGUUUUUUUGGGUGAUGACAGCGAUUCUUUUGUUUCCUGGCUUUGGGAUCAUUUAGGAUCUAAUGUAAGUCUAUAUGUGCAACCACAAGGACUUCAACCAGAAAGUGUGUCCAAGACAAAGCCGGUACCAGGGAAUGAGGUUGGAAAUAAUGAGACAUAUGAGAUUCAACCUAAAUCUGAUCAAGCGAAUUCUGUCAAAUCACAUAGACACCUUAGCAAUCCUCCAUCCAAAGGGUUAGUGAGGGACAGGGAUGACCAUGAAGUCCUUCCUCAAAACAGCGUUGAUGGCAUUGAAACUUCCAAGAAUGAAUGGAGGGUUCGGCAGAGAAAACCACCUCUCUCCCCUCGGCCUACAAGUCAUAAAAAGAGACGGCGAACUGAGGAGCAGCAACCUAGAAAGAGGGAAGUUUCCCAGUCAACUGUCAGUGCUCCAAGACGUCUGCUGCAGUUUGCUGUACGUGACGCCAUAGGUACUUCUAGGCCGUCAAUUGCAGCAGUAUCUGUUGAUACUUCUAGGCCAUCCAUUGCAGCAGAGUCCUCGCGCAAACGACUGAGGUCUGUGGUUUCUACAUCAACAGGGGAUUUAUUUCAGGAAGAACGCCCUCAAAGAAUUCCACGUACUUUCAUGUCUGUGGCCAUUAAAGCUGCAGCAGAGGCAGUGGAGGAUGUGAGCAAAACCAGGCCUUCCCAUAACGUGUUUGAUAGGCUUGGUCAUACACCCGAUGUUCCAAAUAUUGCUUAUGAUCAAGAAAAUGAACGUGUUGCUGAAGUGGGAGAUGACGAUUUUGGUGUUGCAACAGAAAACUUUGACCUGGGUUAUCCUCCACAAAAUGAUGCCAGCACGCUGCAAGAAGCGAAUACGUUGCCUUUUCAUGAAACUAUUUUGGAUUCUGUUUUGGUAGAUGAUGGGGAAGAUUAUGAUGAUAUUGACGAUAGGGAACCAGAUGCCACAGAUGUAACGAGGUUAGGCACGUCUGGUAGAAAGUGGAUAGAUAAAUCCCUAGCAUACGAGUAUGAAGCUGCUGCCGAACCAAUUAAAGGUUUGGGUCCACCUGCAACAAGGCACAAUCCUUCCCUUAGAAUUGCGUCAUCUGUAGGCCUGAAUACCAGGAAAGCCCAAUAUCAGGGAAAAAGGGACAUGUCUGAGAUGGAUAAUCAUAAAGGAUCAUUAGGUAGUGCUACGGCUACUAACCCUGAGGUUCGGUUGUUGAAGGAGAACAGCAAUCCUACACCAGUCUCUAAUGGAAAUGCAAAACCUGAUAUGAUCCAACAACAGACUGAAAAAACUCGGGCACCAACUGGAUUACAAAAUACCAGACCACCAACUGAUGGUGCUGAUUCACGGACCAUCUUUGUUAGCAAUGUUCAUUUUGCUGCCACCAAGGAUAGCCUUUCACGACACUUCAACAAGUUUGGAGAAGUCUUGAAAGUUAUAAUUUUAACUGAUCCGGUUACCGGACAACCAAAAGGGUCUGCCUAUAUAGAGUUUAUGAGAAAAGAAGCUGCUGAGCUUGCAUUAUCUCUAGAUGGCACCUCCUUCAUGUCUCGCCUUCUCAAGAUUGUAAGGAAAAGCUCUGUUCUACCAGAAGUUGCAUCAAUUACACCAUGGCCACGUGUCGUUCGGGCAUCUCCCUAUACUGUUCCUCGAUAUAGCAGAGUUCCUUUUGCUAGAGGCAUAACCGGUAUAUACAGGUCACGCGUACCUAUAAAGCCGGGGGCAAGAAGCUUCCAGUGGAAGCGUGGUGCUGACUCGACUGCCAACGAGACCUCUGUUAACACCACUUUCCCGGCACCAGCUAUUCGUGGUCUCACAUAUGUUCGUCCGGAAACUAAGGCAAAUGGGAGUUCUGGCACUGCUUAG